AUGAAUUCUUAUUAUGGCAGUUCAUCUUAUUUAUCAUCAUCUUCUUCAUCUUCAGAUGAUGAUUAUUAUGAUGAUCUAGAAAAUCAAGUGGCAUGUCAAAUUAUUGUAAACAACAAUUUUUGCAUCACUCAACACCUCAAUAACGAUGGGUCACGCCGGGGCUCAAUUCCUGGUCAUAUAGUUAUCAACCGUGACCGAGAAAAUGCUGAUCGCAAUCUCUUCAAUGACUAUUUUGCAGAAAAUCCUCGGUUUAAUGAUUCGAUGUUUCGACGAAGAUUUCUAAUGGGUCGUCCUUUAUUCUUUCGUAUAUCUGAUGCUAUACAAAGGCAUGACAAUUACUUCGUCCAACGAAGGGACGGACUCGCAUAUGGUGUACCGGCAGAUGCUACCGAUGAGUACAUAAAAAUUGGAGAAUCUACAGUUUUAGAAAGUUUGAAGCGAUUUUGUCGUGCUGUUGUCGAGGUGUUUGGAGCUCGCUAUCUACAAUCACCUAACGUUGAUGAUGUUGCAAGGCUACUCCACAUUGGUGAACGCCGGGGUUUUCCAGGAAUGCUGGGUAGUUUAGAUUGUAUGCAUUGGAAAUGGAAAAAUUAUCCAACGGCUUGGGGAGGACAAUAUGCCAGUCGUAGUGGAUCCCCAACCAUUAUUCUUGAAGCUGUAGCUGACUAUGACCUUUGGAUAUGGCAUGCAUAUUUUGGUCUACCGGGAUCUAAUAAUGAUAUUAAUGUGCUGGAGGCAUCCCAUCUUUUUGCUAAUCUUGCUGAAGGUAUUGCUCCACCCGCUAAUUAUGUCAUCAAAGGUAAAGAAUAUAAUAUGGGUUAUUAUUUAGCUGAUGGUAUAUAUCUAAAAUGGUUUACUCUUGUUCAAAGCAUUCACGAUCCAUGUGGUAAGAAAAAUAAGUUUUUUGCAAUGAAACAAGAAGCAUGUAGAAAAGAUGUAGAACACGCAUUUGGAGUAUUGCAGUCAAGAUUUGCAAUCGUGGCAUGA